AGAGGUUCAUUGUCAGGAGAGCUGCAGUGUAAGCAAGAGGAAGAGAACGAAGGUUCAGGUACAACAGCAGCAGCACCUCAGCCACAGCAUCACAGAAAACACACUCUGCCACACUCAGCUGAAAACAAUAUGGAAAGAGACACUGUGAGCUCACCAAGUGGAAGUCCUCCCCUCAGUGAUGAGCUGAGACAAACAUCUCAGCGCAGUUUCUACCUGAGCCCAGCUCCAUUGUAUUUCAAGCCACCAAGAAUCUCCCCGACCAGAUACCCCGGCAUGCCGUCCACCCGAGACACCUACAGCGCUUUCAGCACACCCGCAUUCUUUCCCAUGCUUGGCUCCGGGUACGCCCAAAAAGAGGGAUCCCAAAGGCGGCAAAGAAUUCCUCUCAAAAUAGAUGCUGAAGAAGGUGAAUCUCCCGAUAAAGAAGAAGAGGAGGCAGAAGAGAGUGGCAGUAAGAAAGCACCGGCUCUCCUCCAUAGCCCCUUCUCCUUCUCUCCUGGAUCACAUUCCUCCCCAACUUCCAAAACCAUCCCAGGAAUGAUUGAGCUCAACAGGCUGCAGCUCCAUCACAGGUCAUCCGGUGGGAAUCUGCCUGUCCAGGUGAAGCAGGAGCCUCUUAGCCCCUCGCCUGUUUGGCCCCCAUCUCCUUUUCUUUUCCACCCUCCUUACUUCCCACCCCUUCACCACAGCCUGCUCCCAUACCCCUUCUUCAUGCCCGGGCCUGUCAUGCACCUCUCUCCUGGCGCCUUUUACCCCAGAGAGAACCUCCGCUCCCCUCAGACCGCCCGCGAUGGAGCGUCCAGAAGCGGAGCGGCGAGCGCCGAGAAGCUCAGCCUCAAUGUGCACGUAGACGACAGCUACUACGUGGACGUCGGUGGAGACCAGAAGCGCUGGAAGUGCCGGAUGUGUGAAAAGUCCUACACCUCCAAGUACAAUCUGGUCACCCACAUCUUGGGCCACAGCGGCAUCAAGCCGCACGGCUGCCACCUCUGUGGGAAGCUGUUCAAGCAGCUGAGCCACCUGCACACGCACCUGCUCACCCACCAGGGCAUGAGGCCUCACAAGUGCCAGGUGUGCCACAAGGCCUUCACUCAGACCAGUCACCUGAAGAGACACAUGAUGCAGCACAGCGACGUGAAGCCGUACAGCUGUGGCGUGUGUGGUAGAGGUUUUGCUUAUCCCAGCGAGCUUCGUGCCCAUGAGCUGAAACAUGAAAAGGGGCAAGAGAACGUCUGUGUGGAGUGUGGACUGGACUUCCCGACCCUAGCCCAGCUGAAGAGGCACCUGACCGUACACCGCGGUCCUACUCUUUACAGGUGCUCAGAAUGCCAGAAGACUUUCCAGUAUCCUAGUCAGCUUCAGAACCACAUGAUGAAACACAAAGACAUCAGACCGUACAUCUGCAGUGAGUGUGGGAUGGAGUUCAUCCAGUCACACCACCUGAAACAGCACACGCUCACUCAUAAAGGGGUAAAGGAGCACAAGUGUCGCAUCUGUGGUCGUGAGUUCACGCUGUUGGCUAACAUGAAGCGCCACGUCCUCAUCCACACCAACAUACGAGCCUACCAGUGCCACAUGUGCUUCAAGAGUUUUGUCCAGAAACAGACGCUCAAGGCUCACAUGAUCGUCCACUCAGACAUCAAGCCUUAUAAAUGCAAGCUUUGUGGGAAGGAGUUCAACAGAAUGCACAACCUGAUGGGCCACAUGCAUCUCCACUCAGACAGCAAACCCUUCAAAUGCCUCUACUGCCCGAGCAAAUUCACCCUGAAGGGAAACCUUACCAGACACAUGAAGGUUAAACAUGGAGUCAUGGACAGAGGCCUUGAUGAAAGAUUGUUUCGGCAAAGAGGGCAGUUCUGCCUGUCCACCCCGAUGGGCCUCCUGUCCCACUUCAGCCAAGAGCAGCCGUUUGAUCUCUCCCAAAAACCACCAGGCCUGCCCAACCUCCACCUCUCUCAGUCCGAUGGUGAGAGCGUCCCGGGAAGCUCCUGUCAGGAGGAAGAUGAGGAGAGUUUGUACAGAAGAAGCCAGUACAGCCCUGAGGUGGACCAACAGGAGCCGGCAGCAGAGGGUCAGUUCACACCAGAGCUGGAAGAAAGAGGAGAAACAUGUCCAGAUGAGCUCCGGCAAAACAGACAGAAAAAAAACUACCAGCGAGAUUAUCAAGAUGAGACCUCUGAAGCGGAGAUGGUAACAGGUGAACAAUCCAUUGAUUCUGGAGGUGACCAGGUGAAUCUCUUUCCAUCAGAGACACCGUAUGAAUCUUAUGCGGAGCUGGACGAGCAGGCUUACCGCCAUGACACAGUCCACAGGCCGUCACGUGUCCAUGAUUUAGAUUCAGAAGAGAAGCUAGAUGAGCCAGAGCAAAGUAAACAGCAGUUGGAUGCCCCCCUUGAGGCCGUUGAUGUCUCAGAUACAGACUAGAACAGGAUGAAAAUAGAGUGGUGCAUCGCUUGCACAGGAGUAAAUCUACGGGUCCCAUAUGAUCACUGAGAAAAGCAAUACAUUUAGUAAGAAGAUAUAGGUUUGAGGGAAUGUUGAUUUUUUUCAUGACAGUUAAAGAAAGAGGAUGUUCAGGAGACUCUCACUUGCCGAUCAAGAAAAGCAAAGUGAGAAAUGUUUCUAAGCCAAAUUAUUUAGGGAAGAUGAGCUAUUGUAGCUUGCAGGGCCAAAAGAGCAGAACAGAUUAGGAUAUCAGGACAUAAACAUGAAGUCACUCAAAGCUGUGAAGCAUCCUGCAUGUAUGAAACAUUAUCGUGCACCGAUACAAAAGUAGCAGACAGUUUAUGUCAAUUAAUGAGAGGAAGUUAAUGAAGUUUUUUUUGUAAAUAAAAACAAAUGUAUUUAAUGUUUUAGUUUUUUACAACGCUUUCUGCUAUUUUGACUAAUAAUAUGCAUAUUUUCUGUAACUGUGACUCUUAUCAAUGAUGAUAAAAUCAAACAUGUGUUUUCACUCAGAUGAUUGAGCAUGCUAUGAGGUUAUUUUUGUUUGUUUAUUCUUGAAAUAUUUUGUUGAAACAUAAUUAUACUGGGAGUAAUAAUGUUAUACAGACAUGUGCAUCAAAGCUUGACUGUAUUCAUAAAAAUAAACUGUGAUUGUAUUCUUUUAAACCUAAUGUUUGAAUCAAUUUAGAUUUCUUGGAUCAUUCUUGAAUCAUUGUGGAUGAGUUGAUGUCAGAAAUUUCCCUGUACGGAAGUGUAAUAGUGCUGAUCUGAAUAUGAUUCUGUUGAAUAAAUCUAGAAAUAAAAGCUUGA